CGGUUUGCAAAGCCCACACUUCUCCUGCCACAGGGUAGUCGGUUGACGGUUGCCAUUCAUCUCUCCUGAAAUCUCUGACGACAGUUAGCUGCAAUGGCGAUGGCAAUGGCGAUGAUAAUAUCUCCUUCUCCCAGAACGCUGUCAUGUUCUUCUCCGAGCACUCAAAUGUUUCAGCUGCCUCGUUGUUCUUCGCUUUCAUCCACUCGGAUUUCCCAUCCCGCUCUUCAUUUUCGGAAAUCAACUCCAAUUUCUGCUAAAUCGUCGUCUAAUUCUCCCGCUGUUUUCUCCGAAGAUAUCAGCGAUGUUCUUGGAGAAGUCAGUAUAUUUCGUGCUACGGGUGAGCCCGUCAAGUUUAAGCAACUGUGGGAUCAACAAGAGGGAGUGGCUGUUGUAGCACUUCUGCGGCAUUUUGGGUGUGUUUGCUGCUGGGAACUCGCAUCAACACUGAGAGAUUCUAAAUUCAGAUUUGAUUCUGUCGGUGCCAAGCUAAUCGCUGUCGGUGUAGGCGAGCCUAAGAAAGCUCAAAUUCUUGCUGAAAGGUUACCUUUUCCAUUGGAUUCUCUGUAUGCUGAUCCUGACCGUAAGGCUUAUGAUGUUCUAGGCUUGUACUAUGGACUUGGCCGCACCUUUUUCAACCCAGCCAGUACCAAAGUAUUUUCCAGAUUCAAAGAAUUGCGAGAAGCUAAUAAGAACUACACCAUUGCUGCCACCCCGGAUGACAGAAGCAGUGUCUUGCAACAGGGAGGAAUGCUUGUGUUUAAAGGGAAGCAAUUGUUGUAUGCGCGGAAGGAUGAAGGGACUGGCGAUCACGCCCCCUUAGACGACGUCUUUAAUGCCUGCUGCAAACUUCCUGUUACGCGAUCAUAAUGAAUGUCAAUCUCCUGCAGAGUUAUAGCAUAAACUUUGUUCAGUUUCCAUACAUAUUAGCUUUCAUGUAAAUAUCUUGAAAACACUGUCCAUAUACAAAGGAGAUAUGUAAGUAUACAGCAAAUCUGAGCAUGUUAUUAUACAUAUUAUAUUGUGUUACAUUGUCAACUUGAUCAUGUUUGUGUUUGAUCC